AUGAGUAAAGACUUCAUUUAUCCUCCAUGUAAAAGAUUCGGAAAAACUACAUUUGAGAAUUCUGGAAUCAAUACAGUUCGUGCUCAUUAUAGUCUUUAGAAAAAUGGUUGUACAAGAAACCAAUCUUUAGUAAUGAAUUAUUGUAAUUUCAAUUAGAAAUUUUUGGCUAGAAAGAAUUGCAAAAUUGAUGCUUCAAUAAUUCUAAUGGGACCUAAGAAACAUAAUAUUUUGAGGUUUAAACCCAAUAAAGAUCUCUGCAUCAAUGGUUGGGAUUACGGCGAGAGUAAUUUGAGUUAACAGAAUUAGAGUUAUACGAAACCAAAGAACCGAAUAGAGAUACUUUAAUAGAGUAGAUUCGUAAAGGAGAUGAGAUCAUGUCGAAAUUAGAGAAAUAUGAUGAUUAGAUGAGGGAAUUAAAUUUAUAUAACUUUGGAUAUCAUGAUAGAUUCAUUCAAUUAAUUAACAAUUAAUUUAAAUUGCCUUAAGAUAAACAUAAGAAGAUUGAUAAAGUAAAAUAUUAUUAUUAAAUAGAUCUUAGCAUUAAAAAAACAAAUGAGAAAAAUAAAUAAAUAAAAUCAAGAAAUAUUCACUACUAAAAUUAGUUAAUAAGAUAUUGAACAUGUUGAUUCUUCUUCUAGAAUGAUGUCAUCAACAAAACGAUCAAAUUAUUAAUUUCCAAUUUAUAGUGAAUGUGAUUCAAUCAUAUAAAAAUGCGAUACUGAAAACAAUUUGAAAUCUCGUGAAACUGAAUCGCCAAAUUUGAAAUCAAUCUCAGAUUUCAAAAAUAAAAUAUUUGGAAAUUAUCUUAAAAGAGUCAAUAAAUAGAAUAGCUAACCUACAAUAUUAUCGAAUUAGACUAGCUUUCGUCAUAAAUGCAAACCUUUAAGAAAUUUACUUUUAUGUAGUGGAAUUCAGUUAGGUGAAUGUAAAACACAAACAAAAGAUAAAAGUUAUUAUACGCGAACUGUAUUUUUUCCUAGUGAAUCAAAUUAACCAAAACAUUGUUCUUUAUAAUAAUCAUAAUGCUAAUUUUGA